AGGCAGCAGGUGCGUGUUCGCCCCGUGGUCCGCUACAACUGAGACACGUCAUUCAAAGUGACUUCCGCGAGAAUUGAACUAGCAGUAAGAAUUUGCAUAUGUCAGAGCCACAUCACGAUAAGCUGAAUAGUGACUUUGAUAUAGAUUUAUCUGUGUCGGUUCCACAGCUGGACAACACGCCGACGAACAAAAUGGCAGAAGCCGGGCGUUUUAAACUCUUUGUAUGUGCUGGAGGAAUAUUCGUCUGCUACUUUUAUUACGGAAUCCUGCAAGAAAAGAUCACAAAAGGGAAGUAUGGAGAAGGCGAAUCCCAGGAGAAGUUCCGCUUCACCCUCGCCCUGGUGUUUGUGCAGUGCAUCAUAAAUGCUAUCUUCGCUUUGUGUGCUCGAAAGAUCUUUCAGCAGGAGCGUGACUCAACUCCACGCACGCUGUAUGCCGUGUGCUCCCUCACCUACCUGGGUGCCAUGCUUGCCAGUAACCAUGCUCUCCAACACGUUGCCUACCCAACUCAGGUACUUGGUAAAUCCAUCAAGCCAAUUCCUGUUAUGAUUUUGGGAGUUCUUUUGGCAAGGAAGCGUUACCCCAUGGCCAAGUACUUCUGUGUGCUCCUCAUUGUGAUGGGAGUGGCCAUGUUCAUGUACAAGGACCAGGGCCACAAAGCUAAGGGAGAUCACUCUGGCCUGGGCAUAGGCGAGUUUCUGCUGCUAGUGUCCUUGACCUUGGAUGGCCUGACAGGAGCAUCCCAGGAUAAGAUGAGAACGGAACACAAGACGGGCGCAUACAGCAUGAUGCUGUUUGUCAAUGCCUUUUCCAUCAUCUGGCUAGCCAUUGGUCUUGUGACAACAGGCGAGGGUCUGGAGUUCCUGAGUUUCGCUGGUCGCAACCCCUCCGUGUACUACAACAUGAUUGCAUUCUCAAUAGCAAGUGCCUUAGGACAGACGUUCAUCUUCAUCACCGUGACAACAUUUGGACCUCUCACAUGCUCCAUCGUCACGACAACAAGAAAGUUCUUCACUAUACUAGGAUCUGUGUUGAUAUUUGGCAACCCCAUGCUGUCUCGACAGUGGGUUGGAACCCUGCUGGUGUUUAUUGGGUUGGGACUAGACUCUGUGUAUGGCAAGGAGAAAAAGAAGAAUAAGUGAUCUGACGUCUACGAGCUGAAUGUUGAACCAUAGGAUGUUUCAAUGUGAUUAUUGAGUGGAUGAAUGCAG